UUUCGCUGUAAACAAUUCUUUCGCUUUAUGUUCAGUGCAGUCUUCUAGCGUGGAAGCUGCGUAAAAAUCAAUAGUUUUUAGAUUUUUCCACUAUCAUAAAUAAGUAUUUUGUGCAAUAAUGGGAAAAACUAGUAAAGAUAAACGGGACAUUUAUUAUCGAUUGGCUAAGGAGGAAGGAUGGCGUGCCAGAAGCGCUUUUAAGUUGAUCCACAUCGACGAAGUGUUCAACAUUUUCGAAGGUGUCACCCGGGCAGUGGACCUGUGCGCCGCCCCGGGAAGCUGGAGCCAGGUUCUUUCGAAAAAGCUGUACGAAAACCGUGACAAGGAAGCCGACGAUGUCAAAAUCAUUGCCGUCGAUCUACAAGCCAUGGCACCUUUGCCAGGAGUUACCCAGCUGCAAGGCGACAUUACCAAACUGAGCACAGCCAAUGCAAUCAUCGAACAGUUCGGCAAUGGACAGAAAGCCCAGCUGGUGAUCUGCGAUGGGGCCCCGGAUGUGACCGGCUUGCACGACAUCGACGAGUACAUUCAAUCGCAGCUUUUGCUGGCGGCACUCAAUAUAACAACUCACGUACUGACGGAAGGGGGCACGUUUAUCGCAAAAAUCUUCCGCGGAAAGGACACCACUUUGCUGUACUCGCAGCUGCGGAUCUUUUUCGAGAAGGUCUCAAUUGCCAAACCGGCCAGUUCGCGAAAUUCCAGCAUCGAAGCGUUCGUGGUGUGCCAGAGCUAUAAGCCCCCGGAGGGUUACAAUCCGCAGAUGAUCAACCCCAUGUUGGAUGACGUGCAGAAAAUAGCCAGCGAGACGGAAUCCGAGGUGAACCGGUCCAUUAUUCCGUUCAUCGUUUGCGGGGACCUGCGCGGAUAUGAUUCGGAUAUGUCCUAUAGCUUGAAUCUCGACCCAGAAAAGGAUUACGAGUAUCGCGAUGUGGUCCAGAAACCGUUGGCCCCAGCGUACAGCGAGGUGCUAGAACGAAUGAAGACAACGUCGUUGAAGCACGGUAGCAUUAAGGUAGAGUAUGAUAAGAAGAAAGAUUAGUCACACAGUGCGAGUCAUGAUAAAUAUCCAUAAUUUUGGAGCAUACUUAAAGGGAAUACAAUCAUUGUAAUAUUUA